CCAAAGUCACAAUCUUCAAGCUGAAGAAACAAGAAUUAUGCCUCAAAAUAGUGGCCUGCCUUCGACCCACCGAGAGACGGAGAGAGAGAAUGGGGUUGCAGUGGGUGAUUUUGGCGGGGGUGGUGGCAAUGGAGGCCGCGGUCGCGGUGCUGCUGACUCUCCCCGCCCCGCGUCUCGUCAAGUCGCGGAUCGUUGCCUUGGCGUCGCUCCUCCUUCAGCCCGGAGCCAGUAUCCUCCCUUUCGCGGCCUUCCAGUUCUUAGAUUUGCGUUGGAAGAACGAGCAUCGGCUGAUGUGUACCUUCGAGGUCUGUACCACCGAAGAGAGGACUCGAUACGAGAAAUCCAUAUUUAAAGCACAGAGAAAUGUCAUUCUAUGUGUCUCAGCAUGUCUCCUUUAUUGGUGUAUCUUUCGUAUUUGCAAAUACCACAAAGAGAUUAGGGAAUUGGAAGAAGUUGAGAAGCAUCUGAAAGAUCAGUAGCCAUACCAUGUCUGAUGAUUAAAUUACACGAAGGUGAUUGGUUAAUUUUUGG